AUGACGGUGUUUAUUUUUACCCGUCUGUGGCCACGUCUGGGGCAGGCGUUUGUGUUGUCUCCGGGCAGAGAUGAACUGGCACAACGGCGGCUGGUUUUCCGGGCAUUCACUCCCCCGUCUUCCGUCCGGGACCGUUAUGUGCUGGCCGCGGAAAUAUCAGCCCGUCUGGCAUACCAGCUGGCGGUAUGGCAUGAAAUUGCACAGUGGUACGGCUUCGAAUCCGUACCGGGUUAUCCUGAAACUGUGUCGGCAUUUUCACCGGAAGAUCUGUGGUCCAAUCUUCUGGGGGCAAGAGUGGCCCUCUCUCUUAUCUUCAGCGGACAGACGGCAGACAGGCGAAUGUAUGAAACGGCCAUGCAGAAUGCGCUGAAACAGGAUAUUGCCUGUAGUCUGGGAUUUGAUUCCCAGCAGACAUUUAACCGUGAAUUCAGGAAAACAGCCGGCGUGACGCCCGGACAGUACCGCAGCCAGCCGGAAUGGCGGCUUUUGCCGCUGGCAGGUCGUGCCGGCAUCUCUUUUUCUGUUCCGGUCCCGGAGAGGGUUCAUCUUCCGGAAGGCCGUAUUGUGGGACGACCACUGACGUUUUCCGGCCGUAUACAUGAGGUCCGGGAUAACGGGGCGGCGGCAUUUUCCGAAAGUGUGUUUGCCUGUCAGCAGGAGGCUCAGUGGUUGGUGGUGACGGCAAUAACGCCGGUGGGAGGCAGGAAAGGGGAUUAUGAGGUCCGUUGUGGUGUGGGCGCACCGGAUAACCCGUGCGGAAACGUCUUCUCAUGGGCCGAGGGGGAUUACCUGUCUGUCACGUUUGAGACCACAACGACCACCCAUGCGGCCCGUGCAGAUUACAUUUAUAUGAACAUCCUGCCCGCUCAUGGAGUUGUCCGUACGCCCGGGGUGGACAUACUCGUCUUUCGUUACCAUGAGGAGCGGGUGUUCUGUACGCUUUACAUCCCGGAAAAGAUGUUUAUUAUGUUACCCGGUACUGACCGUGUUGUUCUGUAUUACAUCCUGUGUUCCGCCAGAUGA